UAAUCCGAAGACAAACACUCCUGAUAGCUGAUACUCAUGCGUGAAUAAGCAUUUUCAACCCUUUUCUGCAACUUUUUUCCUUUCCUUAACCACUGAUUAAUGAUCAAUCAAUUCGAUUAAGCGCACAUGACGAAGCCUAAUUGACGUUUUAUCCUCUAAGCUUCCCACGGCUUUCAUAAGGCUCCUCUUUCACGUUUUCAUCCCCCAUUGGUUGAUACGACGCCGUUCCCUCACACCUUCAUAGGUCGGAGCAUGGCAGCGGAGCCGGCGAGUGAUGACGGAUCCGCGCCGGAGAAAGUGAUCAGCGGGAGACAAGAAUUCUGCGAUUCAUCAAACGUGUUCGGUACGAUUGUAGCAAUGGUGCUAUGGCUGGGAGCUAUUCACCUCAACAUUGCCUUGAUCUUCUACGCCGUCUUCUUCCUUCCUCUCUCCAAAUCGCUAUUGGUUUUUUGUUUUCUGUUUGUGCUUAUGGUGCUUCCUAUCGACGAGAAGAGCAGAUUUGGCCGAAGAUUGUCGAGGUACAUAUGCAAGCACGCUUGCAGUUACUUCCCCAUCACGCUUCACGUAGAGGAUAUGAAAGCCUUUGAUCCUAAUCGUGUUUAUGUUUUUGGUUAUGAACCACAUUCAGUUUUGCCAAUUGGCAUUGUUGCACUAGCUGACCACACAGGUUUCAUGCCUCUUCCAAAAGUUAAAGUUCUUGCUAGCAGUGCGGUGUUUUACACACCAAUUUUGAGACACAUAUGGACAUGGUUGGGUCUUACACCAGCAACCAAGAAAAAUUUUAUUUCCCUGUUAGCAUCUGGCCAUAGUUGCGUUUUAACACCUGGUGGAGUGCAAGAAGCAUUUCUCAUGCAGCAUGGCACCGAGAUUGCUUUCCUUAAGUCAAGAAGAGGAUUUGUCCGCAUAGCAAUGGAGAAAGGCCUACCUUUGGUUCCAGUUUUCUGCUUUGGUCAGUACAAGUUGAAGAUCAUUAUCUUGUAUUUUGGUAUAACUUUAUUGCAGUCAAAUGUCUUUAAGUGGUGGAAACCAGGUGGGAAGUUCUUUCUGAAUUUUGCGAGGACUAUCAAGUUCUCCCCAAUAUGUUUUUGGGGAGUUUUCGGAUCUCCAUUACCGUUCAGAUAUCCGAUGCAUGUGGCGGUGGGUAGACCAAUUGAGCUCGACAAAAACCCAGAACCAUCCACCGAGGAGGUUUCCAAGAUACAUGGUCAGUUUGUGGAAGCACUUCAAGAUCUCUUUGAAAGGCACAAAGAUCGGGCUGGUUAUCCAAACCUUGAGUUAAGAAUUGUUUGAUAAGGCCUUAAUAUGGUCCCAUAUUUUCAUUGAUUUAUUUAUUUAUUUCGUUAGGUGUAUCUAUUAAUUUUUCGAUAUAAAUUAUAUAUUUCAUGGAAAUGCCUAGCCUAGCAUUUAUUUGGUGGAUUUUGUGUAAUUCUGUCUGGGAACCUCUGUCAUGCUUGCACAAUAAUAAGAAUACAGCAAGCAAAUCUUUCUACCAAGUAGGGUGAUAAUCGCUAUAUCCUACCUGACUAACUCCACUUAUACAAAGGGGGAAAAAGGAGUUACGGUUUUAAUUGAAUUGAAUUUGUAAAGUUAAUUGAGUUUGGUCGAUAUCAUGUUUGACAAUCUCACACUUGGCCUGAUUUGAUUUGAUUGUAUAAAGAAUCAUUUAAUGUAGUACUUAUAUAAAGGAAAGAAACUUCUGUGA